AUGGAGAAGAUUACAGAACGUUUAGGUGCUGGUGGUGCUACUCAUCCUCUAGGAUGGGGAUCGCGUGAUCCCCAUUGCCUCAGGUUGGAGACGCUGCAAGAAAUGGCUGUUAAUCGAUGUCAGUGGCGUUCUGGUUGCUUGGACAACCUAACAGUAUCACAGCCCUCGUGCGUUCUUCUGGUGGCACGGCAACUAAGUAUUGAAAGGGCGUUACAGCCAAACCAUUAUUAUACUAUCAUUACUUCAACAUACAUAAUCGAUUCUCAAAACGACAAGCUUGAAUACUCGGACACAGCACGCAUGGGAGAGAUGUCGCCGACUCAUGAGGAUCGCAUUCCAGUCGUAGAGUUUCAGGGACCCACCAGGUCUAGGGUCGACCAGUUGCCUGUAUCCCCUCAUUUACAUCGAUUUCCCCAUUCCCUUGUUUGGACCCCAAUCCCGCUUUUGACGUGGCUUUUUCCGAUUAUUGGCCACAUGGGUAUCACGAAUACGGCUGGAAUCAUUUACGACUUUGCAGCGCCGUACACUAUCUGUGAAGACAAUAUGGCAUUUGGAUGGCCUACAAUGUACUGUCAAUUGGAUUUGAGCCAUGUUGAAAGCCGUGAAAUGUGGGACAAAGCGGUGUUUGGGGCGAACGAAGUGUAUAAGUUGCGUGUGCACAAUUUGUUUUGUGACAACUGCCACAGUCACGUGGCUCGGGCGCUAAAUGGAAUGCGUUAUCGAGGUCGGUCCAACUGGAACAUGUUCAGUGUGACCUUGCUGUUCUUCUCCCGUGCAAGAUACGUCAAUAAAUCGGUGCUUCCUUCUGUGGGUACACGGAUUCACAUCACGAACAACAGACAGUCAAAUGAUCAGUCCCAACGUACACCAAGCUAG